AUGGAAUCUAUCGAUGGACGACAAUCUGAAGAUCAAAACUCCAGAUUUCAAAGGUUCUCCGUUGCCAGUCAAAAACUUCGUCAAUUUCAGCGUGAGUAAACUGGAAAUAGCCAAAUUUUUUUGUAGAAGCCAUAGCUCAAACGUCGGAUAUAGAUUUGGCGGAUGUUUUGAAGGAAUCCAUCAACCAUUUAGUAGCUACCGAUGCUUACGGAACUCGUGACGAAGCGUUGGAUUCUGCCAGACAAAGGUAAUUGUAAUAUUGUAAUACAAUAUUUUUUCUAAUGUGCAAUAUAGGUGCAAGAAACUAUUCAAAAGCGAUCUAUUGGGUUCUGUGAAGAGAUAUGGAGAGCGGGAGUUUUGUCGGAAGGCUAAUGUUGAUAUCACUAAAGAUCUUGGAAGCCAGAACGCUUUUUUCAACUUGGUCUCUAACUACGAACCUGAAUACUUGAGACUUGCCAUUGAGGUGUUGUUGGAUACUCAAUUCGAAUCUUUAGCCCAUUUUCGGAGAGAGUUCAGGAAUGUGGCCAAAAAAAGGUUGUUUACAUCUCCGAAGAUCGUCGCAAAUCCCAAGCUGGCUAUCGGAACAGUUACGUACGUUUUAUUGUAUAUGAUUGCAGUUCAAUUUUAGAAAAAUAUACUCCGAAGAUGGUAAGAACGUGGCAUACAUUCAUUUCCUGGUUCUUUCCUGCCAGUUGAUUGUGUUAAUGGAACAGCUUGUUAUUGAGCGAGUCAUCUUGAACAUCACUGCUAUGUUUAGCAAUAAGUCUGCUUUUUCAGUAAGUAUUCGAAUUGCUUAAGAAGACGAUUUUUAGUCGACUGCUGAUAUCAUUCGUGAACUUAGCAAAAACUUUAUCCCCGGUUCUAUUUUGUUGCCAAAGUUCUUCGAAAAUGUUGGUUUCCGUUACGGCUUUGAGCAGACCGAACUGCACACUUACAAUUAUCAUGUUGACGACCUUUUUGCAAAUCUUAGUAAUGGGAUAAUACUAUCCCGACUUGUGGAAAAUAUUCACUUUUCGAAGACGGGAAAGUUGAAACCAAUUGGAGGAAUCAGCCCAGAAGAUGAUCGCUUGAGGAAGAUUUCAAACAUCAGGAACGCCAUUGCGUAUGCAAUGGAAGUAGGAUUGAUUCCGGAAGGUUUGUUUUUACCAAGACGUCUUUAGUUUUUCAUUUAUCUGGUACAUUGAUGCAUUUCAGACGCCAAGUUCAAUGCCGCCGCCGUUCAUGCUGGAGAGAAGAAGGAGAUUUUGAAACUUCUUUGCCUCUUAUUUGAUGUUGAGCGUAAUGAAGAAACUGUGAGAAGAACUUACAACAAUACGUUUGUGGAUUGGAGUAUGAUCAGAAACAAUCGAUCACAUGCAACUUUAACUAAUCCGUCCCGAGAUGCGAAUAUUCUUACUUCCACACCGAUGUGUCCUAAACAAAGGAGUCCAUUGGAGCCUCUUGACCUCAAUGAAAGUGAGAUUCCAAGUUUUAGGAAUCGACCAGAUGAACUCCAGCUUCGUAAAAAAGUUCAUGAACAAACUCAAACAAGUUUUGACGGAGACGAGUCCCGGAAUACAACUGUAAGGAAAAUCGAAGUCGACGAGAAUACAAGGUGGUCAAAUAAUUUUGAAGAAGUAAACGAGACGAUCAUUCUUCGGGCCAAGACGGUUAUUACACAAGAGUGCCAGACUUCAUGUGAGGCCCCAAAAGAAAUGUUUGUUAAGGAAGGAGCGCCGUACGAAGAUGACGCUACUCCACAGAACGCUGUAAAUGUGACCCUAUCUGAAAAAUUUUCUGUUGGAAUUGAGGGGAGUUAUCAGAGAUAUAAUGCACCAACUUUGGCUGAUGAGUUAAAUGAAUAUGUGGAGUCAGAUGCUACGAUUCAUGCCCAAAACAAUUCGGACGAAGAGAAGGGUGAGGUUCUACAAGAGUCGCCACGGUCCACCGCCGGGCGAAGUGCUGAAAAUUUUGAGAAGAUUCAGCCCGUUUGUGAAGAACCAGUCGGCCAAAUUGAUGUUGAAAUUCGAAGUAUCAAUCAAGAAAAACCCUUAUCUCAAUCCAUCGAAACACCUACAACCGUGGAAGAAGAUUCAGACAGAGGGAACGACGAAAUUCUGGAGGGAUGUGUCAAUCCUCAUCAACUAAGUUACGUGGAAGAGCCCUUGACUGACGAGGAUUCCGCUGGAGAUGAUAACGAGAAUAAAGGUAAUGCUUUUACUUGAAAAUGGACCAUUUAUUUCAGAUGAUCCCGAUUUCUCAGCCGAAGUGAGCAAGUACUUAAAUCAGUCGGUAAACGAAUCGUUGAUAUUGGAUGCAAGUCCGAAGACAGAGUUGAUCGAGGAAUCCGCCGGAAUACAAAACACUUAUAAACGGGGUAUGUAUGACUGUUUGUUAUUUAAAACAGGUUUUGCGAGAAACUUGGGCUUUUAGAUUUCAGAUGCUUUGUGCACAAAAAAGGAGAUGUUACAGUAGGGAUGUGAAAUAUCUACCAUAGAUCGCUAGUUGUAUAUUAAACUAGGCAGGUCAAAUUUUAAAUUUUUGGGUUACUUUAGGUAUAUUGUAACGUCUUUAGAUUUUUCGUUUCUCCUUGAUUAGCUGCCCGAUUGACUUCAGACCUUUUUAAGGUCAUACAGGGUAGGCCACUCAAAAUUACCAAGCUUAGUUUAGGUGCAAAAAUUACUAAAUUUUUGCCGACUUUCGAUCUAAAAAUCUCGGUUGUUUCUGCAAAGCGCGAGCUAGGAUUCUCGCAUAUAUCUUAGAAAAAAUUAUUCUAAAUUUUUGCCAAGUUUCAUCAAAAUCUGAGCGUCGCACUUGGAGUACUUCCCCUGUUAGUAAAAAAAUUUAACAUUAUAAGUUUUCUCAAAAAUUUUGCAUGCUUUUACAUCCUUUUGUAUAUGGUAGGUAUUUCACAUCCCUACUGUAACAUUUUGUUUUUUGCGCACAGCUAGCUCGACUCUCUGGAAAAACCUGGUUUGAAUAGCAUUGGUUUGUGAUAACGUUGAUGCAUCAUCUUUCAGACUUUUUCAAUUUACCCAUAUUGAAAGAAGAAAACUCGAAUGAGUUGAUGGAACAUGAUCUUCCAGAAGUAUCGAAGAGGAUUUCGGACCAAUUUAACCUGAAUACGGAUUCGUCAAUUUCUGAUCACAGUUUCCGGAUUGAUACCUUGGAGAAGAAAGAAGAACAAAAACUCGAGGCGGAUGGACAGUCGUUGAAUAAUCAGAGUGAUGAGAACAGCCAAAAAUAUAAUGUACAGGAGGCCAAUCAAGAUGAUGAGUUCAAGGAAUCGAAUACGACUGAAGCUGAGAGAUCUGUAGACUCCUGCCGGCUGUUAACUUUCAACGAGAAAACUGAGAAAGAUGAGAGCAACAGAAAUAUGUCUGAUGAUAAGGCACAUGAGGGUUCCCGUUAUUUUUCUGCUAUUGGAUCUACUUUGUUAAACGAAAUCAAUUCGGAGUUCAAGAAAGUUGAUCCCAGUUCCUCUGAAAAGAGCACUGCAUCCACAUCAGCUGCAAGGACUUUGAACUUAUUUGGCGACGAAGAAACAGAAGUGUUUAAAGGAAAUGGCAUGCAAGAAAGGAGGCAAAGAAUUCUUGAUUUUGAUGACGAAGGUGAAGACGAAGCGUCUCCAUUGAAUACGGAUGCCCGUGAGGUGAGACUUUUGGAGGAGUCUAUGGAUUCCAGCGGGUUCUCCGAGAAAACAACUAAGAAAUUACUUGCUCAGGUUCAGUUCGAAAUGAGAAUGGCUAGUAACAAUCGACUCGCCGCGGAUGCUUUGCUUUCUAUGAUGAAGAAGAAUAUGCCGGAUAAAAAAAACAAACCAGAAUACAGUAAAGAACAAGCCACAAUGAUUAUUCAGGUAGGUAUUGGAGUUGAAAGACGAUUUUUGAGAAGCUGAAUCUAUGAAGCGGUAUGUGCAAGAAUUUGACCCUAUGCUUUUGUUAUAUCAUCGCCUACAUACUUUACAUCACCGAUGUGAAUGUUUUUUCGAAAAGCAUAUUACUAUGACGGAAAUAAUAGGUGUACAAUUUUUGGUUAAUUGUGACCUAUAGUGUGAAAAACGGGCGCGGGAAUGUCGGGCAAAGUUGCAAACAUGGGUAAUCGAGUACAAGGAUCGCUUCCUUAAUUGGCUCCAGCCUCCUCAUGUUACUGUAUGCUAUAAUAUGUAGUAACCUGAGGAGUUUGGAGAUAAUUAGGAGAAUGUUCUUUGUGCUAUAUUACCCAUGUCUGCAAUCAACAUUCCCGCUUUGAUAUGACAUCGAAAAAACGUAGGGUCAAAUUCUUGCCCACCCCUUGCUUCAAGGAGGGUGCAAUAAGUAAUGCCCUUUUUUGCACCAUGAAGAAGUAGUCAUCACCUUGUUUUGGCUACAGUCGGGAUUUGGCAAGUGCCGCGGUGAUACCCUCAGAGGAAUCCGUUAUUUCGAAAUUCCAUCAUCGCUUGCCUGAGAAGACUGUGCCCGUCUCGAAGAGGGUCAUUAUUUAUUGGGCAACCUAGUAAUUAAUUUUUUGAGAUAGCUUGGAAUUUAAACUGUUUUAGGCAUGGUGGAGAGGAGUUCAAUAUAGAAGAUCCAAUUUAGAAUUGUUGGAUUCUCUAAGAGAGCGAAUUAAAGCCGCGAAAGAAAGAAGGCAUGGACAAUAUGACUUCCAAAAUCAUCGGUCUAUGAAUUUGCAGACCCGAGUCACCAAGUAUAUCCCGAUGUUGGUUUCCUCGUCUUUGUAUGAGAGAGUUGUGGCCGCCUCUUUUAUGAGUAAGUUCUCUGUUUCUGAUAUUUUUUACAUUAGAUAAUUAAUGUAAUAAAUUAUCAUUUUAGAUAGAAUAAUCGAAGAUUACCCAUCAAUAAUCGAUGUUUUUGUGGAAAGAAAUGGAGUUACGGCCCUUGUGGAGUCGAGUAAUCUUCUGAUCCGAAGUGCCGCGGACAUUGUUGUACAGACACAGCUGUCAUUACUUGUGAAUAAUAUUGUCGUAAGUUUUCGCUUCUCCUUUUAUACACAUUCUAGACUAAAAGUGAGAUUGGAAAGAUUGAAGGAGAUGUUGUUGGACUAACAAAUUUAUUGGUGAAACACCUGAAAAAGUAUCGACCUCAUUCUAGUGUUGUGGAUCGAGAAGUCGGCGAGAUUUUUAAGAAUACCGCCGGCUCCCUUUUCUUAUUGGCGGGAAGUUCGGCCGCGAUUGAAGUUGUAAGUAUUCCCGUUGACAGUAAUCAUGUGUUCUUUUUUUUGAUAUGGUAAGCUUCUUUUUAGAUGAGAGAUCAGAAAAUCAAGUAUUACAUCGAAAAGGUGAUGAAUAUCCGCUUUCCCCACGACGAUUUCUCCAUGUCUCGCUUUCAAUUGAGACAAGUCUUGAAGAAGAUAGACAACUCUAUUAACUGA